GGAAAUGGGGGUGUUCGUUUGUUGUCGUCUGUGAAAAAAAGAAAACCCGAGAUAAGCACAAAUAGCAUACAAGAUUAAAUAAAAUACCGGUGAAUACAAUUGCGACAAGUAACAACUUUUCCAUAGCAUUGCACUCAGUGAUAUGGAAUCACUUCAAUCUAUCAGAAAUCCACAAAACUUGAAAUAAAACAAACAAAAGCCGUGGCGUAGGUUUUGACUUGUUACCGCUUACUGUUGUGGUAUUGUGUAUGUCUUGCCCGCUCCCAGAAACCAAAGAGUCCAAACACACAAAAGAUACCAGUCAACUUGCUAAUGAAUCAGUUAUUACUCGCCUGCCAAAGCGAACGGUUGUUUUAGCUUUUGCCUCUUUCAUUUCCAAUACUCCGAAUUCCGAGCACAGUACAUUUGUGACAUUUUCAUUCCAUUCCUCAGCCAUCAUGAUUGACUACGUUGAAUUGAACACACGUCUGCAGCAGGUGGGUCAGGAGCAUUUGCUCAAAUUUUGGGAUGAGCUCAACGAAAAUGAGCGACACCAAUUGGAGCAAGAUAUAUCGGAAUUGGAUUUGAAUGAGCUGAAAUUAUAUUUCGAUCGUGCCACAACAUCGUUAUCGCAAAACGGCCUCAAACUGGACGAUCGUCUACAGCCAUUACCCGAGGACAAACUACUUAGUAUUUCCCGAUCGCCUGAGGAGCUUUUGGCCAGUUACCGCGAUGAGGGCUUGAGGCAAAUAUCUAUGGGCCAUGUUGCCGUUUUACUUAUGGCAGGUGGACAAGGAACCAGAUUAGGGUUUGCCUACCCCAAAGGGAUGUAUGAUGUUGGCUUGCAGUCUGGAAAGACACUUUUCCGCCUACAAGCUGAACGUAUUAUAAAGCUGGAAGAAUUGGCAUUUGACGCAACUGGCAAACAGGGCACCAUUACUUGGUAUAUUAUGACUUCGGAGCAUACCAUACAACCAACACUGGACUAUCUGGAAGGCAAUAACUAUUUUGGCCUUAAGAAGGAAAACGUUGUUUUGUUUAAGCAAGGAUCAUUGCCUUGCUUCGAAUACGAUGGUAAAAUCAUACUUGACCAAAAGCAUCGCAUUGCCAGAGCCCCGGAUGGCAAUGGAGGAAUAUAUCGUGCCAUGAAGAGCCAAGGAAUUUUGGAUGAUCUAGCCAAACGAGGCAUUUUGUAUUUGCAUGCCCACAGUGUAGAUAAUAUUUUAAUAAGGGUAGCUGAUCCGGUGUUUGUUGGCUAUUGUGCCCAAGAGAAUGCCGAAUGUGCUGCAAAAGUGGUCGAAAAGUCGUCCCCCACAGAGGCUGUGGGUGUUGUGGCAAUCGUUGAUGGCAAAUAUCAAGUGGUGGAAUACAGUGAAAUAUCAUCUAAGACUGCCGAAAUGCGCAAUGCCGACGGGCGGCUGACGUUUAGUGCCGGCAACAUAUGUAACCACUUCUUUACCACUGCUUUUUUGCAUAAAAUUGGUUCGACGUACGAACAAGAACUGAAGCUACAUGUAGCUAAAAAGAAAAUUCCUUUCAUCGACAACUCAGGAAAGAGAAUUACGCCUGAAAAUCCCAAUGGUAUUAAAAUCGAAAAAUUUGUCUUUGAUGUUUUUGAAUUUGCCCAGAAGUUUGUGGCAAUGGAAGUUCCGCGCGACGAAGAGUUUAGUGCUUUAAAAAAUGCCGACUCCGCCGGCAAAGAUUGUCCAUCGACGGCACGCAAUGACCUAUAUCGUUUACACAAGAAAUUUGUUGAAGCUGCCGGAGGCAUUGUGCAUGGCGAGGAGUGCGAAAUAUCCCCCUUUGUUAGCUAUGCGGGCGAAAAUUUGGCACCUUUGGUCCAAGGAAAAUCAUUUACGACACCCUUAUAUUUAUGCAGUAAUCGCGAGAACUCUGCCCAUUUGUAAAUAAAAAUGGUGUAUGUUGUAAGCCUUGCUUCAAGAGCAAUCCCAGUUACUUAAAAUUCCAUAUAUACUUAAAUUUUGUUUUCGUUAAAUUGUUUUCCUGAAAAAUCAAACAAGCAAAAACAAUAACUCAUGUGCAAUCUCCCUCGUUUGAUGUUAUUUUGUCCUUAUUACAUUUAAGUAAAAAAAAAGA